GGCAGGUCAAAGCAGGGCAACACGACGCACGGGGCAUGGAAGUGUGACAUCUGGCGCGAUCUGCAUUGGAAUGGCGUCAGCAGGCAGCCGGACCAUCGCCGAUGCGCUCCGCGCGUGUGAUCCCCGCGACAUUCUGGACAUGUCAUGCCGUGAGCCCGUCACCAACUCGCCCUUCGGCCACACGGCAGUGACCAAGCUGGAGAUCUUCAGGCGGAUACGGCAGCUGGGCAUGAGGAAUGUGGCAGCUCUUGCCUGGUAUGACGACUACUGCCCGGUGGAGGACCAGUUCCUGCAGCUGCUGAUGGCCGAGGAGCCUCGGCUAAAUGGAAUCGUCGUCAUGUUCCCGGCAGGUCUGAGCACAUGAGUGCAUUCAAGCAUUGUGGUGAUUGAACCUUCUCAUUACGUCUUGUGGUGUCUGUCUGCAGGUGACCAGUCGGCGCUCGCGAAGCUGCGGGCAUCGUCCAUCCCCAAUGUGUUCAUCGACGUCUACCUCUCACCCCGCAAUCAGCGCGGCGCUGUCGACGCAUCAGUCAGCCCCCAGACCCACAUCCAGCAGACCCUUCAGUCGAUUCUGGAGCACUUCAAGGCCAUCAACAGGCAGCGGCAGCCACCUCCAAUCAACCUUGAUGGGAAGUAUCGCUACCACAUCUACGUCAAUCUGGUGGACCUGUGCGAUGCGCCCAUUGGGACGCCGGCCACUGAUGCCACCAUCGCCUACCUCAAGGGAGCUAGUGCCGUGGUGCCCAACGUGACGCACAUCUGUUUUGAGGAGUUCAGGGGCAAUUGGACGCACGAGAAAUACGGAGAGGUGGCGGCCCUACUCAGGUGAAGUGUCAGCCGAAGCAUUGCCAGCACGGCUGAUGGAUUGCAAAUGCCUCUUGUCUGUUUUCAUUCAGGUCGCAUUUCCCUCGCGGCCGCUACAAGCUGCUCGUCCAUGCCCACGCUGGCGCAGCGGCCAACGACACGGGCGCGUCCACUCUGGAAGCUGUCAAGCACGGGGCGGACGGCAUCUGGUCGGCCUUUCUGCCCGACGCAGCCCAGAUUGGCCACAACUCCUCCAUUCGUUUCCUCAGCGACCUCUGGCACCACGACCAUCCCACUGUGGAUCACUACUACUCAUUCGACAAAGUGAGCAGACACACACGGGGAAAGAUCGCUGAAGAAUUUGGUGUGUCUUCGGUGCUUCAGAUGAUCCCAUUGGCGCGCGAGCUGCAUGAGCUGAGCUUCCCGGGCGUCGCCAUCGAUCCGCUGUGCCCCAUCUAUGGCGUUCACGCCUCUGCCUGGGUCAAUCAGGCCUUCAGACACCAAGACAACUCGCCACACGCAUUCCCGGCUCAACUGGUGAGCUACUUGCACGUUGAUAAAAUAGCAACCAACCCGAUUGUGCCUGUCUGGUAUGAAUUCUCGUGUCAGUUUGGCGGUUGUAAUCGUUCGCGCAUCGCUCCAAUGAUCUCCGACGACGCCACGAUUGCCGGGCGAGUGGGCGAGGUGGUCGGCAGGUCCUUUACCCGGCUGCCGCUCGAGAGGCAGCACGAGGUCGCUCGACGGAUGCGUCGAUGUAUGCACGCCGUGCUGGCCGAUGGGCGACGAUAUGACUUUGAUAAUCCCGCUAUCGUCAAGUGGAUCUACCGACACGUAUGUGACGACUGACAGGCCAUGAAAGCGAGUUUUCACCUGCUGUGGUUUCCUUCAGGUCUGUUCGCUGCGUGCUGAUGAGGAAGUCACAGCCCCGUCGGCGCAGACAGCGCCUUUGCCGGCGAUCCUCGACUCGCAGCCACUGCCUGGGACUCAAAGGUGACGAUGAAGGCAGCGAAUUGCACUCAUUGGAGUGACAAUAUUGUACGUUUCCUUUGUCAGGGUCGUUGGUGUGCCGAUGGCGUUGGAGGGUGACACCGCCAUGGCUGACGAACAGAAUAUGGAGAUCGAUCCUUACUCAGACAGGUAAGCAACCACAGUCCUCGUCACUGCACGUCAUCACGUCACGGUCAUGCUCCUUCUGUCCAGGUCAUCUGACGCAUCAGAGGGAGGCGGCGAUGCAUCCGCGAUACAUCCGGCCCCGCCGUCGACGGCUCUCCAGAGCCCCGACCAAGACUGGCGCAGCAGGCACAGCGGCCGGGCCAACACUGCGCCGUCUGAGCCGUACAAGACGCCUCCAAAUACGAUGCAGCCGUACGUCGCACCGCCGCAGCGGGGACGGCUGCAGAAUCUCCCGAUGGAGGGGGGCGUACCCCCUGCCCCCACACGUACGCCCACACCGACGCCCAAGCGCAAGACCAACCUCCACACCGUGACAGAGAAAGCCGAGGGUGAGGCGGGUCCACCACCACCCACAACAGCAGCUGUUGCUGAGCCUGCCCGGGCUCCUGGACCAGCAACAGCUCACGCACCCGCACCAGUGUCAUCGUCAGCGCCACCCCACCAGCAGCAGGGGCCUCCUGACGUGAUUCCUUACCAGCCGGCCGCCAUGAUGCCCCUCGUCACAGCCCGACCCCAGCACGGCCAGGCCAGUGCGGCGUCGGCAAGAGCCGCACCAGAGAAGCUGCCGAGUUCCUCGGCGCACUUGCUGCGGACGGACCGAGCAUCUUCAUCCUUUGUACGUCCGCCGCCACCCGACCACGGCUCACCUGCCAACGUCAAGGCUAUCCUCACCCACCAUGCGACGAGGUACGGACGCGUCAAGGAGCCCAAGGACGUCACCCGUCUGCUGAGCAUGCUGCAGUCGGUCAUGGGGACUCAGGGAAUCUCAUCGACCAAGGUCCGUGGCUUGGAGAAGAUGAUGACGCCCACCUAUAUCAGCGAGACGCCCACCUUCAUCAGCGAGACGCCCACCUUCAUCGACGAGACGCUGCCCGUCCUGUGCGCCGUCCUGUCCAAGAGCGAAUUCAGCUUCCCCCUGCUGCCCCCAUCCAGCCACCCACACAGUACAAUGGAGAGAAAGAUGACGGCUCGGCAGUGCUUCGCUCUCGUCGGUGCGGGCUUCCUCUGUCUGCACAAGCACUCGGAUGGCAGCCUCAACUUCGAUCGCCUUUUCGACAACCACACACCCUCUGGCAAGGCCAAGCUAGAGUGCCUCAUCCACUACCUCAACACCAUGGCGAGGGCGAUCAGGCAGGGCAACAUCACCGAGACGGAGAGAGUUGUCAUCUUCCAAGCACUCGACAGUCCCGGGGCGGGGCUUCAGGAUUUGGCGGGGCUGACCGCCCCUCUGAUGGACGUGCACUUCAUCCAGGGGACUAGUGAAUCUAUCUUCACCUCGAAUGGCAUCCGGGGUGACUUCGCCAAUGCCCACAUCGGUGGCGGGACACUGGAAGACGGUUUAGGCACGCAGACCUGCACAUGCACAGGCAAACAUCUGCGCGCGCAUCUGCAUGUGUGUCUUCGCCUUGCUGUGUGUGUGUGUGUGCGGCCUGUCAGGUGCGAUGGAGGAGGAGAUUCUCUUCUCGACCGAGCCGGAGUGUCUCGUCGCCCGUUACCUAUUCCCCAGGCCCAUGGGGCCCACUGAGGCCUUCAUGAUCGUCGGCUCCAAGACAUUCAGCAAGACGACGCGCUACGGCCGUGGCCCGCUCCGCUUCGCCGGCCCUGCCCACGACACCGCCACAAUGAGACACAUCGAUGGCCAUCCGGUUCUGAGCAAGUACAUCGUGGCCUUCGAUGCCGUCAACUUUGGCAAGCAGGGGGGCGGUCAGCAGUACGACGAGACGUGCGUGCUGCGGGAGCUCAACAAGGCAUACACGGCCUUCCACUGCAACAGCCUGACGGUCGUCAGUGGCAUGCCAUUCGCGACGGGUGAGAAAGCCACACACACACACGCGACACUUCACCUGGGUGAGUCUGUGUCUGUGUAUGUGUCCCUGCAGGCAACUGGGGGUGCGGUGUGUUUGGUGGCGACCCACAGUGGAAGUUCCUCAUCCAGUGGUGUGCUGCGAGUCUCGCUGGCCGACAGCUGCAGUACUACCCGCGAGGCGAGCAGAGCCUCAUUGGCGCCGAGGACUUCAUGCACAGGCUGAAGGACGCUGGAUGCCGCACGGUGGGCGGGCUGGUCCAGCUGAUGUGUGAUGGGCGCACACGGAGGGCGGUCGGGCCUCACAUGUCGGCGUUCGAUGCCGUCAUGACGACUCUCAUGGAGCGAAGCCGACCAUCCCCACCACCACUGGUAAGCUGCUCCACACGCCUGUGCGAAUCGAUCACACUCUGUGUGUGUGUGUAUGUCAUAGCCUCGCACUCCAUCCCCUCCACCAUCCCUCCAGCAGCACUGGCAUCCACCCGCACUGGCCGAUUUGAUGCCUCCGCCGCAGACCCAGGAAGCCCGCCAACACGACAAGGUGAGCCAAGCCGUUAAGUGGAGCUGCAAGACAGCAGAUACAUUGCUGCACUUGUGUGUGUGUCUGCAGGAAGUGUCUGCGGCGCCUCCAAAGGUGACGAGCGAGGCGGCGAGUGGCGACCAAAAAGAAGACGAAAGCCCGAGAGAGGUGCGUUGGCUGUGGAUAUGUGCGCGUGAGCACCGACGUGGGUCUGUGUUUCGCUCUCCUGUGCCGUGGUUGGCAGGGUGGCUGUGCUCCGAUGGAGGACACGACCGACACCAAGUCCAGCGUGGAGGGGGACGACGAUAUGGACAUCGACACGGCCAAAGCGGCGGCGACGGAUGAGGAAACCACACCGCUCCUCUCUGCAGCACAGAAGAGUGGCGACAGCAUGUAAGCACCCACAGAGACGCACACACCGCAGAGACCGGAGCGAACGGAUCGUGGCUGUGUCUGUGUGCCUAUGGUGGUGGUGCCAGGAUCGAUCACAUCUUCAAGUACGUGCCGACGGCGCACACUCGUCCCUCCAAGGUGGAGCUUAAGGGCUCGUUCGACGGCUGGCAUGGCGAGUAUCCGAUGCACUGGUCUGCGGGGGAGCACAACUGCUUCGUGCUGCCCUUCCCGCUGCCGCCCGGCAGGUACACGUACAAGUUCAUCGUCGACGGCAGAUGGGUGUUUUCCAGCAAGCAGCCAACAGACCAAGAUCGAGAUGGCAAUGCAAACAAUGUCGUGGUCAUCGGAUAG